AUGCCUGGCAGACCUAAGAACGCGCCCCGGGCAGCCCCACGCACAGCCUUCCCCCAGGAGCAGGAACCCGGCGCCAUCGGCGGGGUGGGCUUGGUGGCCUUGCCACUGGCUGGGUCCCCGAAGCGGGUGCCUCUCCCACUUCCUGUCCGGAGUCCCGAAGCCGGGCCCCAGCUCCGCGUCCGGGUCCUGGCCCUCGCACUCCACAAAAGAAGUUUAUGGCUUGAGAACGCCGGAUGUGCUCAGCAGGAAGUGCUUCCCCCAGCGGAAGUUGCGAGCCUGAGAGAGCGGAAGUGCCUCCGCUUUUGGGCGGGCUCUCGGGUCUGCACAGAAGCGGGAUGGUCAAGGGCGCGUCGUUGUGUGGAAAGCCUCUCCACCGGCUGUGGCUCUGAGGCCUGCCACCCUCAGACGUUGACCCGUGGCAAAUGUGGCCACCCCGCCGAGCGCAGGGGAAAGCAUAACCGGCGAGCCGAGGCUGGAAGACGAAGCACCGCCGGGACUGGUGACCCGAGGCACCUCGGGGUUGUACCCGGCAGAUCCAGCAUGGAGUCCGUGGAGGAACACCACCUCAGCCCACGAGGGCAGCGGCUGCGGCGGCCAGUGCAUGGCUCUCCUCCUUGGCUGGUAAUUUGGAAACCAAAUAGGAGAUGAGUUCCUCUGUGGUUUUUCACCUUCAGGGGUAAUGACUCUUGUCAUCCAGCUGCUGGAGCUCUGCUCCCAUAAGCUGCCUGUUAAGAGCCCCAGGUGUGGCCUGUUCUUGCUAUGUCUUGCCCUCCUAUGGUCACACUGUCUACCUCAUCUCACGGUGUCAUUCGGAUCCAGUCACCUGGCCUGUUUCUGCACUCUGGACACCACAUGCUACCUGCUGGAUGGGCUGUUUUCCAUCAUUGUAGCUACAGCUACUCCCAAUAUCUGCUCCACAGAAAUGGUGGUUAAUUUCUAGGCCGCUGUAUCUGUUGAUAUGGACAACAUGACCACUGCCAGACCGUCUUUCCAAAUACUUCAUUUGCCUUGGAAUAAAAAGAUUUUCACAGCAGAGCAAGACAAGACAGAUUAUAUACAUUUCGUUUUAUGAUUAAGGAAACUGAGACUUAAAAUGGUCAAAUUACUUGCCCAA